AUGGACCAACCGGACAGCGAUCAGCCGGCCGUGGGUGUUACCUCAAUGCGCCUGAGCUACGACGAGCUGCGGAGAACGUUGAGGCAAUUCGAGUACUUCCGCCAUUGGACCGAGGAGCAGAUACGAGAGUGUAGUGUUCUGGCACAGGUGGUUCAGUAUGCGCCGCACCAGACGAUCCCAUUGGAGCUACCGCUGCCAUUCGCCUACCUCGUCCUCAGCGGCCAGUGUAUGAUACUGCAGUGUUUGCAGGUGGUGCGGGAGCCUGGCCAACCACGUCGACUCCUGGAGCUCGAACGUGCAGAUCCCUCGCCUCAGGAUAGCUGUCAGGUAAAGUCUGAGUCCCCUACGGAGCAGCUCGAGCAGAUACUACACUGGCACGACACCUUCCGCUCGAGGGUAGCGGCAGACUCUUCCACCCCGGACAUUGACACCACCGCACCUCCAUACGAUCCAGAUCGAGCAGUCGCCUUUGUCGAGACUCCACCACCUGAGCAGCGUGUCGUCCAUCACUUCUUGGACGUCGGCACGUUCCGGUGUGGGGCCGUGUUCGGUCUGGGCGAGUGUCACCAGCAACGCACGAUCGUGGCCCGCUGCCGGACGCAGUGCCUGCUGAUACCGCGCUGCUGGCUGUUCCUGAAGCGCCAGAACAUCGGCAACACCUGGCAGCGGCUACGCAUGUACCUGGACUGGCAGCUGCCGACGCGAGACGAGCUGUUCGGCCGGCUGCAGAGUGAGCGAGCCUGGUUGCGCUACCGUCGACGCCUUAUCCGGGAAGCGGCAAAGCGUCCAAGCCGUACCCUGCCUGCCGACGUUCCCAUCAUCUGUCGCAUCGCCGAAUCGACACUGCCCAGCCUAAGGAAGCCAAGCCGGAAGUCUGCCUAA